AUGCUGGAUAUCGAUGUGAUCGGAACUGUUCACGAAAAUCUUCGUAAGGGCCGAAUUGAUCGAGAGCAAAAACGGAUUGCGAAGGUUGUGAACAGCGUUCAAACAGAUCCAUAUCGCUACAAGUGGACUCUGAAUCAAGGCAACUUCUGUAACGCAUAUUACAGCGAUCUUAAAUAUUUGAUUGUCGUUCAUUCUGCCACAGGCCACUUCGAUAGAAGACGAAUGCUGAGAAGGAUCUAUGGACUUCACUUCUAUGAAACGCAUCGAUGUGCGAUAUUAUUCGUUCUCGGACAGCCCACUGAAAAGAGUGUUCAGAAACGAAUUCACAAAGAGGCGUACCAGUAUAAGGAUAUCAUACAGCAGGAUUUUGUUGAUUCAUAUCGAAAUUUAACGUGGAAGGCUCUCGCAUGGCUGAGGUUCGUUGAUGAGCGAUGUAAACGAGUGAAAUUCAUCAUAAAAAUCGAUGAUGAUGUUAUUUUCAAUAUAUUCACUGUGAUCGAUUUCUUGAAAUCGAUUGAAUCCACGCAGAAGGACGAAGUUGAACCGAGAAUUAUUUGUCGAGUGAUCAGGAAUCGAAAAAUUGGAAGGAAGCGCGGAAAUAAAUGGUGCUCCAUUGGAUAUUCUUUGUUAUGUUCUUCAUGA